CUGAAUCACCACAUGACUGGCCUUUAUUCUUUAUAAUGGUUGUGGCAAAUCAAUACAUAUCCUCAUCCUCACCCCCAAAGUUUUUCAGAUCUACAAUUAAUGGAGGAAGAGAUUGCUGAUGGUGGAAUUCUAUCUCCGUUUCACAACCAUCCUUUAUACCCAACAGACGAUUCGUCGACUCCGUGCGUUGGGUGUGGUGAAGAGACAGCUGGAAAACACGCUUGCCAUAUUUGCCAUGAGAUCAACGUCCAUAAGGGUUGCCUUGAAAUCAUCAACCCUUCCAGUCCCGCACAUCCUCUAUCCUUAACCGACAGAUUUGACGAUUAUAUCAAAUGUACCAUAUGUCACUGGGUAUUUCACAGAUAUAUGUAUUAUUGUUCCUUUUCUGGUCUCCCUGUUUGUAAACAAUGUGUGAGGAAGCCCUUUAUUCUUGACCCGGAAAAGGCACACGAGCAUCCACUCCUCAUCUUUCUUAAAGGGUCUUUCUCUUUUCCUUGUGAUGCGUGUGGAGUGAACGAUGCUAAUUCAUGUCUUUGUCUAUGUAUCCCAUGUCGUUUCACCAUCCACAUGGACUGUGUCUACUUACCGCGAGUCAUAUGUGUUAACCGUCAUGAUCACCGCAUCUCGCAUGUUCCUCGUCUAGGCUCAGGAAAUUGGAGUUGCGGGGUGUGUCGUAAGGAGGUCAACGGCAUGUAUGGGGCUUAUUCAUGCUUGACCUGCACUUUCGUUGUUCAUUCAAGAUGUGCAAUAAGGAGUAAUGUUUGGGAUGGGAUAGAAUUGGAAGGGGUGCCUGAAGAAGACCCGGCAAAUCUUUUGCCAUUCUAUGUGGUAGAAGAGGGGCUGAUCAAACAUUUUACUCACGAACACAAUCUAAGACUCGUCAAUGAGGAUGAUAUCCUUCAUGAUAUAAGCAAGCAAUGCUAUGGGUGCGUCCUUCCAAUCUUUUUUAAUUCAUGCUACAUAUGCACGCUUUGUGAUUUCGUACUACAUGAAACAUGUGCUAACCUCUCCAAGAAGAAAAGGCAUCCGUCUGAGAGUCGGAGAUUGACUCUGUAUGAUGAGUAUUACGUAAAUUCACUUAUGAGGAAGGGUCCUUUCAUAUGUUUCGUAUGUAAUCAACGCUGCAGCGGCUUCGCAUACGUGGAAGACAGUGAGCGUCGUGACGGCUUGAAGAUUGAUGUACGAUGUGUUUCAAUUUACGAUGGGUAUGUCCAUAAAAGUCAACCACAUUCAAUGCUUGUAGUUCCCGAUAAUUGGAGCACAUGCUCGAUUUGCGGAAAAGGUGGUGAGCAUAUGUGGAGUUUGACUGGGCAGGAUGAUUUAUUUAUGUGCUACAAGUGUGCUACUAUCCCUGAACUGGCAAUGCACAAAUACGAUGUUCAUCCUUUGUCCUUACAAUUCGGUGAGAUGGCCAAGGGUGAUUAUUGGUGUGACAUAUGCGAGAAGAUUCUAGAUCCACAAAAGUGGUUCUAUACGUGUGACUUGUGUUGUACCACUCUUCAUAUUGAUUGCGUACUUGGAAUGGAGCCAUAUAUGAGGGUUGGAUCCACCUUCCAUUUGAAACGAUUUGUAUUGGAAGUUCUUUCCAACUAUAGUGCUUCUCGGCCACAUUGUUACACUUGUUCGUCUCGUAUCAAUGAUCUUAUCGUCUACAAGAGCAAGGAUGUUUACUUUUGUUCUUUAAUGUGUAUUAAAAAGAGUCCAAAACUCGAUUCUGGCUUGUAUUGGUCUAAUAUGUAUGACUUCACUGAGCCUGAUUUGCAUUUGUCUAACUUUUUUCAUGAUGAUUCUUGAAAUUUAAUUUUAUUGAGUUUUUUUUUGUGUUUUCUAAAAAUUUGUACUACCAUUAGAGAAUUUU